AUGCCCCCCAAGAAAGCUGCCAUCGCCGCUGCGGCAUCCAAGACGGCCAAAAAGAAGAAAUGGUCCAAGGGCAAAGUUAAGGACAAGGCUCAGAACAUGGUCGUCCUCGACCGACCCACUUACGACCGAAUCCUGAAGGAGGUGCCUACUUUCAAGAUGAUCUCGCAGUCUACUUUGAUUGACCGUAUGAAGAUUAAUGGAUCGCUCGCCCGUGUUGCCAUUCGACACUUGGAGAGGGAGGGUCAGAUUAAGAAGUUGAUCCAUCAUCAUGGACAGCUUGUCUAUACGCGCGCUUCUGCCGAGUAA